AGUUCUGUUACAAUCGGUUGACUGGUCGACUGUUGACGAGAUUCGAAAAUAUCUGGAACCAUUCCACGUUAUGGCCUCAAUGUUUAACCAUAGGUCUACAGUCACCUUUCACAUGGUGCAGCCAGAAUGGUUUGCACUGAUUCACGAGUUUUCGUCGGAUAUCGAAGAAAGUCGUGGCAGUGAAGAUACUUCGGUCUGGAUUAAUGAUUUGAAGCGUAGAACUGAAAUUAAAUUGCGAGAUGCUACUGAAACGGUUAUCACUGCUGAGCAUCGAAUGGCUACUGUAUUAAAUCCACGUCAUAAGCAUUUGCCGGUCAUCUGUUCAGACUUGGAGAGGCUGGAAACGUAUUCGAGGAUACGAAAAUUGAUUGGAGCGCCUGAAUCGAACAUUGUGAAAGGUGAGAGUAAUGCGACGACUGGCAACCAAGGAUCUGACAACGGUGAACCUCCGAAGAAGCGACUGUCGUUUUUGAGUUCGCUGGAAGAUCAUGCACUUAUCGAUGAUGAGCUUGAAUGCUAUCUUCGAUCGCAAUAUCCAGCGCUACAGACAAAGUAA